CAGGCUAUUCAUCUUUUCUGCAGAAUUCCAUAGCUAAAUUUGAAGUGUGAAGCUUUAAGAUAUUUGGAAUGACACUAGUUCACGUUCUUUUAGUCUUUCCAUAUUUGAAGCAUGCUGUCAGGCAUAAGCUACAGAAGGUGCUUGCUUUCGUGUGCUUGUGGCUGUGGUGGAGUACUUAUAUUCAUGUUGAGGCAGCAAACGACAGUUUAAAGCCUGGUGAUACGAUGAAUUACACAGAUACAGCAACACUAUGUUCAAAAUUGGGCAAGUAUUGUCUAACUUUUACUUCGGUUUCUAGUGGUGACAACAAUUACUUGGUUAUCUUCAAUAGAAAUAAGAAUAUUGAAGUAUGGAUGAGUGAUGGAAACCAACCCGUUGACAGGGAUUCUGCAGUUCUGUCACUUAACCGUUCAGGGGUGCUGAGAAUUGAAUCUCAAGGUGGGAACCCAAUAAUCUUGUAUUCUCCACCUCAACCUAUCAACAACACUAAGGCCACCUUGUUGGACACAGGAAACUUUGUGCUUCAACAACUUCACCCCAAUGGGACUAACACUCUCUUGUGGCAGAGUUUUGAUGAUCCCACAGACACUAUGAUCCCCACCAAAAAGUUAGGUGUUAAUCACAAAACAGGCCAUCAUUGGUUACUGGUUUCGUGGUUCACCAAAACACUUGCCCCUCCCGGUGCCUUUAGCCUUGAAUGGGAGCCAGGGGAACAAGAAUUGAUCAUAAGGAGACGGGGAAAAGUCUGUUGGCGAAGUGGGAAACUGAGAAACAAUAAAUUUGAGCACAUUUCAGAGAAAGCACAGCGGGGUUUGAAGUACACCAUUGUGUCUAAUGGGGAUGAAAAUUCUCUCUCUUUCACAACUACAAAUGAAGAGCACGAUAUAUGGUGGGUGAUAUCAGAGAUUGGGGAGAUAUAUGAUGAUGAAGGAUAUAUUGGAGGUGCUGAUUUGUGCUAUGGAUAUAACUACACUGAUGGAGGGUGCCAAAGGUGGCAGGAUAUACCCAAGUGUAGGAAUCCUGGUGACGUGUUUCAGAAAAAUAUUGGUGACUUCAGUUAUAGCAAUGUAAGCUUUGAGGAAAAUCCAAGUUACGGUCACAGUGAUUGUGAGGCCAGUUGCUGGAGCGACUGUACUUGUAGUGGUUUCAAGGAAUUUUAUCAAAAUGGAACUGGAUGUGUGUUCUUUCAUUGGAUUUCAUCGGAAAAUUAUACUUCUCACAGUACUGGUGACACCUUUUACGUGCUGGUGAACACCUUAACUCAUCAUAAGGGUACAAAAAAGUGGAGAUGGAUAGCUGCAGUAGCAGCAACUGCUCUACUUGCGAUUUGUCUAAUCACUAUUUGCCUAUUCUUAAAGAAACGGAAAUAUGUGUUUCAAGAGGAGAAAAGUCAAAGGAUGGUGAUGAAGUUGGUACAUUUGGCAACUUGUAGUGCGUCAUCUGCAAUGGAAGAUUUUGAAGAUGAUUUAAAAAAGGGACAUGGCCUAACAGUGUUUAGUUAUACAUCAGUUAAGGAAGCAACAAAUGGAUUUUCAUCCGAGAAUAAGUUGGGACAAGGAGGCUUUGGACCCGUUUAUAAGGGAAUUCUUUCGACAGGGCAAGAGAUUGCUGUAAAAAGACUUUCAAAAACUUCUGGACAAGGAAUUGUUGAGUUUAAGAAUGAACUGACACUAAUAUGUGAACUUCAGCAUAUGAAUCUUGUACAACUACUUGGUUGUUGCAUUCAUGAAGAAGAGAGGAUUCUAAUUUACGAGUAUAUGCCAAAUCAAAGUUUGGAUUUCUAUCUAUUUGAUUGUAGAAGAGGAAAAUUACUAGAUUGGAAGAAGCGCUUCAAAAUAAUAGAAGGAAUUUCUCAAGGAUUACUUUAUCUUCAUAAGUACUCAAGACUCAAAGUCAUUCACAGGGACAUGAAAGCUAGCAACAUUCUUUUAGAUGAAAACAUGAAUCCAAAAAUUUCAGAUUUUGGGAUGGCCAGAAUAUUCACACAACAAGAAUCAGCCUCAAAUACCAACAGAAUUGUUGGCACACAUGGUUACAUGUCUCCGGAAUAUAUGAUGGAAGGAGCUUUCUCCACAAAGUCUGAUGUUUAUAGUUUUGGAGUUAUGUUACUUGAAAUUGUUAGUGGAAGAAGAAACCUUGGUUGCUAUGAUGUUGAUCGACCAUUAAAUCUAAUAGGAUAUACGUGGGAGUUAUGGAAAGAUGGUGCAUGUUCAGAGUUAGUGGAUCCAUCAAUAAAGGAGUCGAUUGAUGCUGAUGAAGUACAAAGAUGCAUUCAUAUUGGUCUGUUGUGUGUAGAACAUUAUGCAGAUGAUCGACCCACCAUGUCUGAUGUUGUAUCAAUGUUGACAAACAAAAGUGCAAUAGUUUCCUUACCUCAAACACCAGCAUUCUACGUUGGAAGAAGGAUCCUUCAUGAUAAUUUAUCUUCAAAAGGGUCUUGGAUAGAUUCUGCUGGAGAAAUUACAGCCUCUACAAUCGAGAUGACUGAUUCCUAAGAAAUACAAUCAAGAAUUUCAAAGCGGACGUUGAGGCUUGAAAUAAUAUUUAGGAUGUCUUUCAACUUUUGUGAGUUUGUGUUACGGAAUUAACAAAUGUAUCAAAUCGUACAUGUAAUACAGUGGA